UUGUUUGCCCCCUCCCGUGGAUAUAUGCAUGCCGCGGUUCUUUCAGGAUAGUCCGGAGAGAGCGAGUCUGGCCAUGCGGGCUUCGAUGGUGUCGAGCCUGCUGCUGCUCUUGUCCGGACUCCUGGCGCCGAGCGCCGUGCGCGGCUUCGGCGACGAGGCGGAGGAGAUGACCUGCGACCCCAUCCGGAUCGGCAUGUGCCAAGGUCUGGGCUACAACGUCACCAAGAUGCCCAACUUGGUGGGCAACGUGCUGCAGUCGGACGCCGAGCUGCAGCUGACCACCUUCACGCCGCUCAUCCAGUACGGCUGCUCCGGCCAGCUCAAGUUCUUCCUGUGCUCGGUCUACGUGCCCAUGUGCACGGAUAAGGUGCCCAUACCCAUCGGCCCGUGCGGGAGCAUGUGCAUGUCUGUCAAGAGGAAAUGUCUGCCGGUUCUUCAGGAGUUCGGCUUCAUCUGGCCAGAGGUGCUCAACUGCAGCCUCUUCCCGCCUCAGAAUGACUACAACCACAUGUGCAUGGAGGGCCCCGGGGACGAGGACCCACCCUAUCACCCCAUCCGUCACCCUCCCCACCAGGAGGAGUGUCAGGCCCUAGGGUCCGCGCCCGACCAGUACGUCUGGCUGAAGCAGGCCGACAGAUGUGCUCUCCAGUGCGGCUACGACAGCGGCCUGUACAGGCGGAGCGCCAAAGUCUUCACCGACGCCUGGAUGGCGGUGUGGGCGGUCCUCUGCUUCCUCUCCACCACUUUGACCGUGCUGACCUUUCUCUUGGAUUCACAACGAUUCUCCUACCCUGAGCGGCCCAUCAUAUUCCUGUCCAUGUGCUGCAAUUUGUACAGCGUUGCCUACCUGGUGCGGUUGACUCUGGGAAGGGAGCGUGUGUCGUGUGACCUGGAGGCCACAGAGGUGCCUAUUCUAGUGCAGGAAGGACUAAAAAGCACCGGUUGUGCCAUCGUCUUCCUUCUGCUCUACUUCUUUGGAAUGGCCUCCUCUCUCUGGUGGGUGAUCCUGACCCUGACGUGGUUCUUGGCCGCGGGACUGAAGUGGGGCCACGAGGCUAUUGAGAUGCACAGCUCCUACUUCCACAUCGCAGCUUGGGCUAUCCCGGCUGUUAAAACCAUCGUCAUUCUCAUCAUGAGACUGGUGGACGCUGACGACCUGACUGGCCUUUGCUACGUCGGAAACCUGCAGCAGGAGGCGCUCACGGGCUUUGUGGUGGCACCGCUAGCCACCUACCUGCUUAUAGGGACUCUGUUUAUCUGCGCUGGCCUCGUGGCGCUUUUCAAGAUUCGCUCCAAUUUGCAAAAGGACGGCGCCAAGACGGACAAGCUGGAGCGUUUAAUGGUGAAAAUCGGAGUGUUUUCCGUGCUCUACACCGUCCCGGCCUCCACGGUGAUUGGCUGCUACCUCUACCAGCUUUCCAACUGGGGGGAAUUGAAGGCCUCCACGCAAGACUCGUACGUCGCGUCGGAGAUGCUUCGAAUCUUCAUGUCCCUGCUGGUGGGCAUCACCUCGGGCAUGUGGAUCUGGUCAGCCAAGACCCUCCACACGUGGCAACGCUGCUCCGUCCGCCUCCUCAAGGACAGCAGGGCGGGCCGAGGCGGCAAGAGAGGACCGGGCAAAGGUUGGAUUAAACCGGGGACGGGCAACGAGACGGUGGUGUGAGGAGAAAGAACGGACGAGACCGAACUUGGUUCUUUGUCUCACGGAAGUUCACCCCGACAAAAAGGCGGAUGUAACAAACCACUGGAUGUGAAAGGCACUGUAAAAUGUUUACGAGGCCACAAGCUCGACGUCUCCAACAGUGGCUGGCAUUUGUGGGCGGACCUUCAAACACUAGUAGCCCCUUGACCUCUGUUGGGCCUUUUACCGCACAGAGGACGAAGAGAGACAUUGCAGCAUGAACGUGAAGUUGAGAUGACAAAAUAAGCUGUGUUGUGCCACGUCUACCUCUGGCUUACUCGUCUCUACCUUAACGGCCUGUGAGGGCCAUUAAGUCCUUGUCCAGAUGGUAUUCAGAUACAGGCUGAGCUUUUUCCAAAGUUCCUCGUGGCCUUCCAUAUAAAAACAGAACGGGAAUUCCAAAGUACGAUGACACACCUGACCAAAAGUAACCAGCCCUGCGUUAAAAUGGCCUUGAUUGUUUACGUUUCAGCAGUUUAAAAAUAACACACCCACACUUUCUUGCAGAUUUCCAUUCUAAAAAAAAUGUAGGGAAACCAUCUUCAGGCUGUAAUAAAUAACUAUUAGAAAGAAUGGUUUUGUGGUUGCAGCUGACAGAUUCAUGAAAUGACUGAACAGCACAGACAUUUGCUUUUUGAUGCAAUACUGCCACCAUCUGGUUGGAAUGAGUAUAUCCGAGACUACUUUACGUGUAACAGAGUGUAAGUUGGAACAGGAGAUAAUGUUUGUUUUUUUGCCUCAUUCUAACAAAGCAAGAGCGCUCAAAAUUAAGACUUCAAGUUCCAAACUAGCUCUGUGCUAAUUUACAUUGGAUAUGGCAUAGACAUGCUGGUGAUUAGCAUUAGUGAUUUUACACGAGGACACCAAAACUACAGUAGGUAAGGUUGUAAUUUUGCUUCAUUCCCGUGAGAAUACUAGGUGUGACCACAGUCUUAAGAGGUGGGACUGCCCAGGUCUGCUCAAACAACCACCAGGUAGCAUCUGAUAAUACCGUAUCAUCUAUUUCUUUCGGACUUCUAUAAAGAUCGGUAGUAGUGUUCGUAUUUACACACUCGAGACCUGCACCUGGCCUUUAUCUCACAAUAGUAAAUGCCAUCCAUCCAUCCA